AUGACCACGCGCCCAUCUCCCAGCGCCCUCGAUCCCCUCAGUUCCUCCUCGCUGAACAAACUGCACGAGACCCAACCACCCACGAAAAAACGCAAGAUCGGGACAGAGGGUGCUGUGAGCCGGCUCUCGACAAGCUCAAUUGUGAUCCGAGCCCAUGCAGCGUCCUUAUCGGAUGAACCGCUGAUCCUCGAGUCAAUCUGUCUAAUCCCUCGAUCUCGUUUCCCACUAUCAUGGCUUGAAGACGCGUCUUGGUCGCGCUCAGAUGCCCAGCCCGGUGGCCUCUUCGUCGCCGAUAUCCCCGCUCUCGAAAGUGACUUGCGGACUUGCGCCGAACCGACGGUGCUAGCGGUCCGGUUAGCUGCAAAUGGAGGUCUUUACGUUGUCGAGCGAGUCAAACGGGGCAUAUACUCUCUUUCCAGGCUCGCAAGAUGGGUGCAGGAAGGCGAUGUAGUUGUCGCGGUCAAGGAAUGGCAAGGGCCGGGUGAUGUUGUCAUGGAUGUCGACGUCGAUGACAAACCAUGCACGGCCCUAGAUGCUCUAAAUUGGUGGCAGACAGCGAAAAUUGAGGAGCCACUCUCUGAUCUGGGCCUGGGCGAGGAGUUCGCUGGGUUGCAGGUAGAUGUUGUAUUUGGGUCUUCGGGCACGGAUACCCAGGUACAACCAUCUUUCGUGGAUGUACUGGAAUAUCGGAGCCAGUCUCUUGCCCCAGCUGUGACUGGAGAUGAUUCCCAGGUAGAUACUUCAUUUGGGCCCGGUGAUUCGCAAGUCCUUGGUACCGCAGGUUGUAUGGACAUUGAUCCUGUUCCGGAUGCGAAGCAAUCUCCGGAAGACCUACUCAACGGAAUGCGAGAGCACUAUUUGCAAGCUCUCUAUAUCUCAAAGACAUCUCUGGCUUAUUUUGCCAAGGGACCAUUAACACGCUGCCGGACUGCUUUCCAAACCCCCGGCCCCGAGCAUACUCAAACGCCUGGCCACCUCAUCGACUUCUACAGGGAGGCCGUAUUAGCUGCUAAGAAGAUGGAUCUCAAAUACCGCGAGUCUCUGCCCGCAUCAGUCCGCGAAGCCGUGCUUGCUGUCUCUGACGAUGAAGCUGCUCUAACCAAAAAGCGCAAAACUAAGAAGAAGCUUGGUAAGAAUGGCCUCUACCCAGAAGAGGACGAAUUUGUCCGCAAAUGGUGGAAAGAUCGGAGCAUGGUGGAGGCCUCGACUCAAGAAGGCUCCCGUGAGGCAGAGACGAAAAAGCAUAUUUCCGAUCUGCGACUGCGCGAGACACAGUUACAGAUCCUCUUGAUCUUGGAAGUGAUGGCUUUGGAGUCGACUCUCAUUGAGAAAAACAGCCUGGAGAGUGCAACACCAGCUGGCGAAGAGACAAACACACCUAAGAAAAGGACCAAGAAGCCUCAAGAUCUCAAUGUUCUCCUUGAACUGCAUCUGGACCGACUUUGCAUUUGGCAUGCUGUUAGCAUGGAAGAAUCGACUGCUGCUGACUCGGCGAAGGCCUCGUCCUUCACCGACGGCCACAACUCCGGGAAAAAAGUUGAAAGUGAUGCAGUCCGCGACUUUUGCACCGAAGUCGUCAUCCCGUUCUACGCAUCAAGACUGCCGGACAAGUGCAAGCUGAUCACUCGCAAGUUCGGCGUAUCUGGUGGCAUCUCUCCUGCGGCCAAGAAGACCCAAUCAUCGAGCAAGUCACGCCGCCCAGAACCGGGCUCUGAUGUCAGGCGAGAACCCCCAGUGCAAAGGCCUAGACGAUCACUUCAACGUGUUCUAACAGACGAAAGAGCCGCGGCGUCGCAAAUUCGCCAUCCAUCUCUCAGUCGGUCCAAGACUGCCCCGACUCGGCAUGAUACAAAGCGUGAUUCCCUAGAGCCGAUGCUGCCAACGGUAAUGAGCGGUAGCGUCCGUGGUGGUAUUCAGAUCAAGCGCGUGGAGAAUCGCGAGAUCGAUCUUAAUGCAGCUGCCAGACAACACGAGAGCAAGUUGCGCAAGGUGCAGAUGUUGGCCGAUCAGAAGAAGGAACUCGAUAACGCCAUCCAAACGCUUCGCAAGCCGAAUCGAGAGGUGGUUGCUCGGGACAUUGCCGAAGAUGCCUCCAAACGAAUGUCUACAGGAGGGGGUAGCUCUCGGAAGUCAAAGAACCCUGUCCGGAAUCCACUUGGCGAAGGGGUGCAGGUCAUGGCUACGCCUCGUGGAAAUCGCAGGAAGGAUGCAGUUGUCGGACUACCCCCGUUACCGCGUAGCCUUGCUCCUUCGCGGUCUUUUGCAGGAGAGAUGGACGACCACUCUCUUGCAGAGUCUCCUAUCAUGAUUCCCUCGUCCACUCGGCGGGCUAUCUCAUUCUCUGGCCCUGAUUCAACACCCUUCAGCUCUCAGCGUGCUUCAAGAAAACGGCAGCGCGAGCCGCAGACCCAACCAACUGAACUUGGCUCAAUUCAAGAAACACCUACUCGACCUCCAUCCAAGCUAUUCUUCGAUAGCCAAGGCACAGACCUGGCACAUCGACCGUCCAUGUCUUCCGGCAAAGGCAAGGGCCUUUUCCGAGUGCCCGAUCUCCCUGCGCCUCGAUCCAACGGAGCCGACCCAUUCUCACAACCUCAGCUCACAGCACCAACUACGCCCGUGUCCUCCCGCCGCAGGAGCAUCACGAUGGCUCUCGACUCGUCUCCAAAUCCGGGGAGGUCCCCGCAAGGUCCUAGGUCUUCGAUGGUCACUGAAACCCCUCCGAAGCAGCAAGGCCUUAAUCCCAUGCUCGUUCCUCGAUCUGUGCCCUUGUUCGCUCCUAGCACGUCCCAAGUUCCCUCCUCCCCAGCUGCCAUGGGAUCACCUGUCAAAAAUGCUCCUCUUGUACCGGUCACGCCGGAAAAGUCACAGACAAAAUCGAUCUAUGAGCAGCUGGGCUGGGACGAUGAUGAAAUGGACAUGUGA